AUGGACGACUUCGCUCCGCCGCCGGGCCCCCCGCCGCCCAAGGCCCCCGACGUGCCCGCCGGCUGGGCCGCGCGCUGGAACGAGCAAUACAAGGAAUGGUUCUACGUCAACGUGUACACGAAAAAGUCGCAGUGGGAAAAGCCCACCGCGCCCGUCUUCCCCGUCGACGACAACGCCCCGGACGAGCCCCCGCCCGGCUACGAGCCAGCCGGCGCCGGCGCCACCGCCCCGACAGACACCAAGAAGAACCCCUACGAGGACCGCUCCGGUAACCACGGCGGCAACCUCGGCGCCGGGGGCGGUGCCGGCGGUAACCCCACGACGCCCGGCGCCGGCUCGUCCGCGCACCUCGACGAGGACGCCAAGCUCGCCGCCAAGCUCCAGGCCGAGGAGGACGCCCGCGCCCGCGGAAGCAGCGCCGGCCCCGGCGCCGGCGGUGCCGCUGCCUCCUACAUGCAGCAGCCAUCAAGUACCGGUGGCUCGUAUCCCCAGGAGCAGUUCCCCACGGAGAUGCCCCCGCGCGGCGACCGCGACCGCAGCAAGGGCGGGCUGCUGGGAAAGCUGUUCGGCGGCAAGGGCAGCAAGCCGCAGCAGGGCUACGGCGGCGGCGGAUACUCGUCGCCCCAACCAGCCCAGCAGCAGGGGUACUACCAGUCGCCGCCUCCGCAGCAGCAAUAUGGUGGCUACGCGCCGCCGCCGCAGCAGUACGGCGGCUACGGCGGACAGCCCGGGUACGGGGGCGGCGGUCCCGGCUACGGCUACCCCCAGCAGCAGGGCUACGGCGGUGGUUAUGGCGGUGGUUACGGAGGGUACCCGCAGCAGCAGCAGCCGCAGCGCAAGGGCGGCAGCGGCAUGGGCAUGGGCCUGGCGGGCGGCGCGCUCGGCCUGGGCGCCGGUGUGCUGGGCGGCGCGCUCAUCGCGGAUGCCAUCAACGACCACGAGCAGGAGGCGUACCAGGAGGGAUACGAGGAUGGACAGGAUGGUGACUUUGACGGCGGCGACUUUUAA